GGCUGUCUGGCGGGGAUGUUUGUGCUGAGGCUCUCCCGUGUCCCCGCAGGGAUCCUGCGCCGCUGGGCUCCCCGUGCGCUCCCGCUCAGCGCCCCCUCCGCCCGGUGCGUCGGGCACGGACCGGCCCCGGCCCCGGCCCCGCUCUGGACCCCGCGGCUGCUCGGCGAGAACCGGCCCCGGGCAGGGACCCCCUCGGUGCUCAGCAGUGUCACACCUCUACUUCCAAGUUUACUCCAGCAGCCAGUGAGGACCCUCACCUACUGCAGCCUGCGGAAGGGAAAGAGGAAAAGUGUGAAAUCUGUGGUCAAAAGGUUCCUCCGGCUGCACAACGGCCUCUGGGUGAGGAGAAAGGCUGGUUAUAAGAAGAAGCUGUGGAAGAAGUCAGCUGCCAGGAAGAAGCGUUUGAGGGAGUUGGUGCUGUGCACCAGGACACAGUGUAAGCUCCUGGAUAAAAUGACCACCUCCUUCUGGAAAAGGAGGACCUGGUACGUUGAUGACCCCUACCAGAAGUACCACGACCGCACAAAUCUCCGUGUGUAGAAAUCUGGGGUUUGCACAUCUCUGGUUGUGUGGCAUGCUCUGGGUUUUGGAACAUGCAUCUGUAAUGCCUGUACUUUUUAAAAUAAAAAUCUGAGCAGAAUUAUGGGAAUCAAUGCCCACAAUAAAGGAAUACUCGAAUUUA